UAAUUUGUACGGAGUCCAAAUUCGUCACGGUUUAUGGAGUCCACGGAGGCGGAGCUUCCAGGGCUGCGAAGGACCCUGGCGGAGGAGGACGUAGCCUGCGAAUUUGGACAUAGCUCAAAGGAACAACCUUGACGGAUGGCUGCUGAAGAACGCCACAGUAUGAUGUAAAUAAAGCGAUGCUGCGUGCGCCUCGAUGGCUUUGGUGCCGCUGCGCUACUUCUGCUAUGGCUGCGUGGUGACGUCAGCCGCCUGGGCCCUGCUCCUGCUCGUUUACUUCUCGCGGACGGCCGAGCCGGGUCUAGGCAGAAACCCAAUCGGACCACGCCGCCGGGCCGUCGCUGAGGGGCCAGCCCACCAGGGAGUCGGUGAGGAUGCGGGUGCCGCCGGGUUGUUGCCAGAAAUGGGUAUGAUUUUCAACCAGGCCGAUCAGGAAGUGCGGGACACCGGCUACCGUCAGCACGCCUUCAAUGUACUGAUCUCGCGCCGCAUCGGUCCUCGCCGCCAGCUGCCCGACACCAGGGACCGCAGGUGCGCUGACGAAGCCUAUCCCCAGAAUCUCCCGUAUGCCAGCGUGGUCAUCUGCUUCUUCAAUGAGGCCAUCUCCGCUCUCACCAGGACGGUCCAAAGCGUGUUGGACCGGACGCCAGCUCACCUCCUCCAUGAGAUCAUCCUGGUGGACGACCACAGCGAGCUCGCUGAGCUGAAGGACGACCUGGACCGAUAUGUGCGUGAGCAGCUGCCCCGAAAUGUCAAACUGCUACGGAACCAGAAGAGAGAAGGACUCAUUCGAGGGCGCAUGAUCGGAGCCAAGCACGCCACCGGUGAGGUUCUGGUGUUCCUGGACAGUCACUGUGAGGUGAACCAGGCAUGGUUGCAGCCCCUGUUGGCGGCCAUCCGGUCGCAGCGCCGCGCGGUGGUUUGCCCCGUCAUCGACAUCAUUUCUGCCGACACGCUGGCCUACUCGCCAUCCCCGGUGGUCCGCGGCGGAUUCAACUGGGGAUUGCACUUCAAGUGGGACCCCGUCCCCGCCGCCCAGCUGGCCGGGCCCCGGGGCGCCAUUGCACCAAUCAGGUCUCCCACCAUGGCAGGUGGUCUAUUUGCAAUGGACAGGGACUACUUCAACGAGCUGGGCCAGUACGACGCCGGCAUGGACAUAUGGGGUGGCGAGAACCUGGAGAUCUCUUUUAGGAUUUGGAUGUGUGGCGGAGAGCUGCUGAUCAUUCCGUGUUCCCGCGUUGGUCACAUCUUCCGCAAAAGGCGACCUUACAGUUCCCCGGGCGGUCAUGACACCAUGGCCCACAAUUCCCUACGCCUUGCUCACGUUUGGAUGGAUGACUACAAGGAGCAUUUCCUGUCCCUGCGUCCUGAGCUGCGCGAGCGCGACUUUGGCGACAUUAGCCAGCGUUUGGCGCUGAGGAAACGUCUGCAGUGUCGCUCGUUCAGCUGGUACCUGGACAACGUUUAUCCCGAAAUCAACAACAAGCUGCAGGCCCCACCGUUGCUUAGCAACAAGAAGGCGGCGCGCCCCCGGGUGCUGCGCCGAGGACGGCUGCACAACAUAGCCAGCGGACGCUGUUUGGUCGCGCAGACACGAGUCAGUCACAAGGGCGACACCGUGGUGCUCAGACCCUGUGACCCCGGCGACCCGGAACAGGAGUGGACAUACGACGACGAAGGUCAGCUCAUCCUUUCUGGCCUGCUGUGCCUGGACAUGUCGGAGGUUCGAACUGCUGACCCGCCCAGACUUAUGAAGUGUCACGGCUCAGGAGGGUCGCAACAGUGGAGCCUUGGGAAGUCUGCGCGUGUGUACCAGGUGUCUGUUGGUCAGUGUCUGUCCGCCGCCCAGCCAUCAGGCAUUAAAGGUCACGUUGCCAUGGCGAUAUGCGACGCUUCGCUGCCGCAGCAGUGGCAGCUGGAGGAGGGCAGAGCUUGACCUAACCACAAUCCAAUCAAUGACAAUCCAAUCAGUUUUUAAAAUGACGUGAUUGUUCUUCCAUUUGAUUUGGGGUUUUAAAUCCCGAAACGGUUAUGGACUUGGCAUGAAAGCGCUCUUGUAAAUAAAUCUUCAAGUUUAUUCCUUA